CAAACGCUUGUGGAGUAAGAGUAAAAAACACUAAUCAAAAUGAAAUUCCUGAUUGUUGCUGUUGCCUUCCUGGCCUGCGCCAGCGCUGAUGUUUCCCACUUGUCGGGUUACAACUACCAGGCGCCCGCUCCUGUCUACCAGCCAGCACCUGCUCCGAUCUCGAUCCCAGCCCCAGCUCCAGCUCCAGUCUACCAGCCAGCUCCUGCUCCCGCUCCAGUCUACCAGCCAGCUCCUGCUCCAAUCUCGAUCCCAGCACCAGCUCCAGCUCCAGUCUACCAGCCAGCUCCUGCUCCCGUGCAUUACGAAGCUCCUGCACCGGCUCCAGUCAGCACUUACAUUCCCCCCGCACCCGUCUCGAUCCCAGCCCCAGCACCAGCUCCAGUCUACCAACCAGCUCCUGCUCCGAUCUCGAUCCCAGCCCCAGCACCAGCUCCAGUCUACCAGCCCGCUCCCGCUCCAGUCCACAUUGAGGCUCCUGCCCCAGCUCCAGUCUACCAGCCCGCUCCUGCUCCCAUCCGCGUCGAGGCUCCAGUCCCAGCUCCAGUGAACACCUACAUUCCUCCCGCACCCGUCUCGAUCCCAGCCCCAGCUCCCGCUCCAGUCUACCAGCCAGCUCCUGCCCCUGCUCCAGUCUACCAGGCUCCUGCUCCCGCUCCAGUCUACCAGGCUCCAGCCCCAGCUCCAGUCUACCAGCCUGCUCCCGCCCCAGCUCCCGUCCACAUCGAGGCCCCCGCCCCAGCUCCCGUCCGUGUUGCCCCUGCCCCAGCUCCAGUCAACCAGUACAUCCCACCUGCAGCACCCGCUCCAGCCCCAGCUCCAGUCCACAUUGAGGCUCCCGCUCCAGCUCCCGUCCGCGUUGCUCCCGCUCCAGUCCCAGCCCCAGUCAACCAGUACAUCCCACCUGCAGCUCCUGCCCCAGCUCCCGCUCCAGUCCAGUCCGCCCCAGUCUUGGCUCCCCAGCCCGUCCUGGAGGAAAUCGAGCCCGUGUCCGCUGAUGGCUACCGCUACAAGACCGUGCGUCGUGUGAUCCGUCGCCGUCUGUAAGAUGUGCUCAUUCAUUGCACUUUGGGCGAUAGCAAGAAGUUAAUUCAAUAAAAAAAAUUAUUAAGUUUGUGUAAGAACAUUGAUUUGUUACCCCCAUUGCA